UUUUGUUUUAUUUUGAACAGUCAUCGAACUCGGAAUCUCUGGACAUCUUUCUGACCUGAAAAUCACUGAUGUCAUGAUUUGACCUUGUUCCCCCCCACUUCCCAGUUUACCGGAUUAACAGACACAAUCACUGUCACCAUGCAAUCCUUCGUCUAUACAUUUCUGUUGAGAUGUUUUAAUGGUUAAAAGCAGGGUUUGAAUUGAGGGGGUAUGUGAGGAUAUAGGCCUUGUUAUAGACGUGCAAAAAGCAUAUGCUACCACUUGUUUGCUUAGCCAUAGGAAAAGCAAUGACGGUCCAGAUUUUAUAAAGCGAUCUAGGCUAUAACAAUGAUAAACUCCACGAUUAUUUCUGCAGUCUACUAGCCUAUCGAAGGUCUUGCGCAGCCUAAACAUCACAGGAAAAUGUGGUUGGCUUAUUAAAUGCUCUGCAAUGUGAGCUAUGCCUAAUGCAAAAUACCAAAAUGUUAGAAUCGGUAUGGGUCUAUGCAUUGACCAAAGAGCUUAACAGAUAACAUGAAUUAUUCAGGAGAAUCCUAUUGAAUCAGGCUAUUCAUUUCAGUGCAGUUGCAUUCUUACGCAUAUCCUUAGACAAAACGGAACCGAAAACACCCCAGCCUGUUUUGAUCACAGAUCAUGAUGAAGCCUGAACAUUUAGUCUGUUUGUCAUUGAUUUAGCCCAGAAUUGCCUACAGCUUUGAUACACAUGAACACCUAUAUUUAAUCUGGAAUUGACAAACAAAAACCUGACUAGGAUCCCGAAUUUCCCCCAAGACAAAUGUAUUACGAAUUAGGAUAUAAGUAUUCCUAUUAAUUUGCAUAGGCUAACCAUUGUGAUUAAUGUUAUUUACCAUCUUCUGCUUUUUAUGAAUGAACAGGCAUCAGGGUAAACAUGUCAUUGCAAUGCCCCCCACACGCACACAUUAAUUAAUGAUACUUACCUUACAGAUCACAAAGUGAGCUAAUUUCCACUCCAUACAUAUGCAAAUACAUUUGAUUCAUACACUGGGUUGUCUGGCUGGUAUGUUUUCAUUUUAAUCAGGCAUUCCCUGAUCUACACUGAAAUAAUUUCAGUCUUCAAUUACGAAAACAAAAAAAUUAGUACACCCUUGUGGUUGAAUAUAUAUUGUAUGUCUUAUGAGCCAAUUAAUAAUGUUGAACUAACAAAUACCAUCAAGAGAUACGUUACAAUUUACAGUACCGAACACGUUAUGAAGCUGCUGUAAAAUAUCUAGCAAUAUUUUAGAUUUAGAUAUAUAACUAUUGAUAUUUUUUGGUACAUGUUUGACAAUUUACUUUCAGAUCUGUUUCGUAUACUCACAUGGCAAUCAGACUGAAAUACAGAAUUCUGGUUUGUGGACUAGAGAGGAGUUCUCACUGUGAGGCCAGCAGGGAUUCACUCUAGUUAAGAGUUUGAGCAAGGAAGCAGGCUACAGUCCAACAAUAGCAGAACAGCUCUACAUGUUAUACUGGUAUUUGUUGUGCACUGAAUAAUAACAAUACCAGCAAAGAUGGCCAGCCAGCUACAGAAGUUUGUAUCAGAGAAGAAGAACAUGGUAGAGACUAUAAUGGAAGUGUUUGAACAGGGAGCUGAGGUGGUGGCCAGUAUCGCAGGUGACCUCUUCCCUGUUUUUGCCAUCGCUGCUCCCAUCUUGAAAUUGGCACUGGACAAUGUGGAGAGUAAGGAAGCUGCGUUUAUGAAGGAGCAGUUCCAGAAGGUUCGUGAACACCUGGAGGUGGUUUCAGAGGAGAUGCAGCGGAUUAACGAGGAAAUCAAGAAGAGCGGCGCGGACGCUGCCUACUUUUCUGUAGAGGAGAACAUAUCCAACCAGUUCCGCAAGUACAUGGACAUCCUCAAUGCCAAACCCAAGUUUCGUGAGGUCAAAAAGAAGCUUUUCAUGGAGCAUUUUGUCAAAACAGGUGGCGACAAAAACCUUCAUACCCUCUACAGUGCCGUGACAGGAGACAACUUCUCUGGAGAGUCAGUGUUGGAGAUUACUCUUAACUAUGAGGAGAAAAGUCGACGCGCCAUGGAAGACUUCUGUGCCAGGUUGAAGAAACUCUUUUGCAUAGGCCUCAUCGCUCUGAUGGGUUACACCGCACUAAAGGACUGCGAUGACGAAGAGAAGCUUCUUCAAGACUGGGGUGAAAAGAUGAAGGAGGUACAGGUGAAAAUGAAUGCUGUCAUCGAGGACUGCAUCACCAGCUUCUCCAAGCAGGCUGAACUGGAUUCCCGGAGGUUGGUUAGGGACCAUUCUGACCUGAGCAACCAGCAGCUGGCUGACUCCAUUUUGGAGAAGCAAAAAAAGUAUGACUGGGUGUGCUGGUCUGUCCGUAUAUUCAGCUCCCCUUCAGGCCUGUUCUCGAACAAAAAAGACAUCCAGUGCCCCACAGGAAAAAGUCGCUUUCAGGUGCCAGCGACAGACGAGAAGCUGAACGUCAUGGUGUCCUACAGUGCCUCGCCCGAGCCUCUGAACAAGGCCCACAUCCAGCAGCUGAUCCAGAGUCAGAAGAAACUCACCGUAGUGGGUACAGCUGAGCUCCUGUUUGAGCAGUUGCCAGGUGCAUGUGCAGUCCACACGGUAAAGACUUGCAAAGAUCUGGCCUGUGCCUGGAGCUUUGCCGAAGAGCUACACUACUGGGAGGAGCACAAGAACUUCUAUGUUUGCAUUCACUAUAAUUGACGUUUUCUCACUUAAAAAUGAAUUAAUAAUUAGCCAUAGAUACCAACAUUAUAUUCAUUCCAAUUUGGUCUUUGCACUAAGACUGACAUUCCCAAGUACUUUCUCUCUUUCUCCGUUGAGUUCUGAUCCCCAGCCAUACUAAUGAGAAGGAACACAGGGUAACACUUAUUAUAAAGCAUGAUACUUACCAAAGACUGUUUUACCUGUUAAUCUAUUCUUUGUAAUGUUUUUCUUUUAUGUAUCCCCCCUACUCUGUGUUGCCUCUGAUAAUGUCAAUUAAACUUUGGGUCUUGAUACAUAUUCUAAA